AUUUCAUGGGUUUUAUUUAUGUGCAAAUGAACGAAAAUUAUAAUCUUAAAAAAAAAAGAACUUCUAAAUUUGGGUGAAGAAAAUCAAUGGGUUUUGUGGUUUUGAGAAUUCGCAGCCUCUCUUCUCUGUAAAUGAUUCAACAAAAAUAUUUUAUUUUUUUCCCUUUCUUUGUUUGGGUGUUAUGAAGACCUCAAUUAUAGUUAGUAUGAUAAAUUUUUGUUAUUUUCCAUCACCAAUGAUCUCUGGCUUGUUCGGUUGUAGCUAAGGCAGCAUUCGGUUUUCCGACAACUCCCUCUCUUCGGCCGCCGGAGUCCUGGAUUUGGAAGAAGCAAGUAUGGUGGCCGAGAGAAAUGAGAAGAAGGUUUAUGAUGGGACUACUGUGGAAGCUGAUUUGCACCUUCUUUCCAUUAACAACGAUGAAGAAGGAUUUCAUCAUCUCCAUCAUCAUCUGGAAAAUUUUGGAGAAGGGGAAAUGGGGGAAUUAAAAGAAAUACAAGAAAUGGAAAAGAAGAUGAGAAAGAAAAGAAAGAAGAGAGCUUUAUUAGAAUUUCGUUGUAGAGUGGAAGAUGCAAUAAUAGGGAAUUAUCUUGUUGGGAAACCAAAAAAGAAAGAGAACAGUAAUAAAGAAAUUGGGCUUUGGGGAGUUCCAUUAUUACCAAGCAAAGGGCAUGAAGGAACAGAUGUUUUACUCCAAAAGUUCUUAAAAGCCAAACAUUACAAAGUACAUGAAGCAUUUGAAAUGCUUAGAAAGACAUUGAAAUGGAGAAAAGAAUACAAAGCUGAUGGGAUUCUUGAAGAAAAACUCGGUGGUGAUGAUCAUCAUCUUUAUAAUAUGGUUGGGUUUUUGGAAGGUAAAGAUAGGGAAGGUCAUCCAAUUUGGUUUCAUGCUAAUGGGGUUUUCAAAGAUAGAGAAAUGUAUGAAAGAAUAUUUGGUAGUGAUGAGAAAUGUGAAGAGUUGUUGAGAUGGAUGGUUCAAAAUAUGGAGAAAGGGAUUAAACAACUCAGGUUUGAGAAAGGUGGGGUUGAUUCUAUUGUUCAAAUUACUGAUUUGAAAAACUCUCCUGGUCCUGCCAUGAAAGAGUUCCGUUCUGUUAGCAAGAAAGCUCUCUUGCUUUUACAAGAUCAUUAUCCCGAACUCGUCUAUAAAAACAUAGUUAUAAACGCUCCGUUUUGGUACUACGCCAGACACAUACUUCGAUCCAAGAUUAUCAACCAUAAAACCAAGGCUAAGUUCGUGUUUGCAAGUCCAUCCAAAGUGACGAAGACACUUCUCAAGUUUAUAGCUCCGGAACAAUUACCUGUUCGAUACGGGGGGCUUAAAAGAGACGAAGAUGACGACUUCUCACCGGCUGAUAAUGCUUCAGAGCUAAGCAUAAGAGGAAACUUCGCUGCAACCAUCGAAUUCCCGGUUACUGAGGUAGGAGUGACGAUGGUGUGGGACGUGACGGUGGUGGGAUGGGAUGUGGUGUACAAAGAAGAAUUUGUGCCAGAAGAUGAAGGAUCGUACAGAAUUCAAUUGCAAAAUCAAAAGAAAGCGGGAGAGAGCCUAAGGAAUUGUUUCUACAUUAGUGAGCCUGGAAAGAUUGUGAUUACAAUUGAGAAUCCAACUUUUAACCAUAAGAAAACUGUGUACUACAGAUCAAAAGCGAAGCCCACUGUACCUAUGUACAUUUUAUUCAACAAAUAAAAACUUCGUUUUUGUUUUCUCCAUUACAA